AUGGGUUAUCCAGAUACUUUUCAAGGGUUUGCCGUAAAUGACACCUCCAAAUGGAGUGAAGUUGAGAAGAUGGACUUUAAGCCAAAGACAUUCGGUCCUCUUGAUAUCGACAUAAAGAUCAAAGCAUGCGGGGUUUGUGGUUCAGAUGUCCACACUGUCACUGGAGGUUGGGACCAGCCAAGAUUGCCAGUAAUUGUUGGUCACGAAAUUGUGGGUGAAGUCGUCAAAGUUGGAGACAAUGUUUCCCUGUUUAAAAUCGGUGAUAGAGUAGGAAUGGGAGCCCAGGCUUGGGCCUGCUUAGAAUGCGAUGUCUGCAAGAAUGGCGAUGAAAUUUAUUGUCCAAAAUGGGUCGAUACGUAUAACGACGUUUAUCCAGAUGGCUCAUUGGCGUAUGGGGGUUACUCUUCGCAUGUCAGAGUACAUGAGCACUUUGCAUUCCCAAUUCCUGAGGCAUUGUCUACAGAAGGUGUGGCUCCAAUGCUUUGUGCUGGUAUCACAACAUAUUCUCCCUUGGUAAGAAAUGGAGCUGGUCCAGGUAAGAAAGUUGGUGUUGUUGGUGUAGGCGGCUUGGGCCACUUUGCUAUAAUGUGGGCAAGAGCCUUGGGCUGUGAGGUCUAUGUGUUCUCCAGGUCUUUGUCUAAGAAGGAUGAUGCCAUAAAGCUUGGAGCAGAUCAUUAUAUUGCAACUGGAGAAGAAAAUUGGAAUGAGCCAUAUAAAUACAAGUUGGAUUUGAUAUUGAGUACAGCUAAUUCGAACUCGGGCUUCGAUAUGGGUGCAUACCUCUCAACUUUGAGAGUCCAUGGGAAGUACAUCGCCUUAGGAUUGCCGGAGGACGAUUUCAAAGUUUCCCCAGAAAGUCUUCUCAAAAAUGGUUGUUUCGUUGGUUCAUCUCAUUUGGGUAAUAGACAAGAAAUGAUCGAUAUGUUGAACUUGGCAGCAGAAAAGGGGAUUGAAGCAUGGUACGAAGCUGUUCCGAUAGGAAAGCAAGGUAUCAAGGAAGCCUUGGAAAGAUGUCAAUCUGGCAAGGUGAAGUAUAGAUUUACCUUGACAGAUUAUGAGAAGCAAUUUGAAUAG